AUGGAUUCCAUCAAGCAAGCCCUCGACGCCGUAACAGACGUCAAGCCCGAAAAACCCAUCAAGCUCUACAGUCACCCCGGUGGCCCCAACCCGUGGAAGGUGGCCAUAAUCCUCUCAGAACUCUCGAUCCCCUACGUAAACAUCAUCAUGGACUUCUCCGAACUCAAGCAAGCCCCCUUCGAAUCCCAAUUCCCCAACGGCCGCGUCCCCGCCAUCGAGGACCCCAACACAAACCUCAAACUCUGGGAGUCUGGCGCAAUAAUCGAAUACCUCCUGGCGACCUACGACACGACCAACUCCCUCUCCUACACCACCGGCCCCGAAAAGUGGAACCAGAAGUGCUGGCUGCACUUCCAAACUUCCGGCCAAGGUCCCUAUUUCGGUCAACGUGCGUGGUUCAUACUCUACCAUCCUGAGAAAGAUUUGAAGAGUUGUCUCGAUCGGUACGGUAACGAGAUCAGACGCGUGCUUGGAGUCAUCGACUCGCACCUCAAGCAGUCAGGAACGGAGUAUCUAGUCGGCAACAAGGUAUCGUAUGCGGAUCUGGCUUUUGUGCCGUGGCAUUGGCUGUUGGAGUAUCCACCGCACAUCAUGGGCGAGGAGUUUGUGGGCGAGUGGAAGGAGAAGUAUCCGGUUUGUUGGGCUUGGUAUCAGAAGUUGCAGGAGCGCCCGGCGGUGAAGAAGUGUAGGGAUGAGAGGAUGGAGGCUAUUGCGAAUAGUAAGAAGUAG